GGAGCCUGUCUGGGCUGCUGGCGGCGGGGAAGCAGCUGUGAGCGUCGGCACCAAUGCAGCCGCUCAGCCGCCUGCACUGCUGCUGGGAGCGGGGGCGGGAAUGCACUGGGGCCAGGGAGCUGAGCUGAGCUGAGCUGCGUGCGAUGAGGACACCGUUGAGGAUGUUGUGGAGAGGGAUGCGUGUGUUGUUGAGAUGCCCCCGUCGCCCCCGGUCCCGGCGUGGGGACCCCUUGCUCGGUGCCCGUGCUCUCUGGGCCUACGCCAGGCUGUGUGCGGACUCCCUCCUCUACAACUCCUUCACCAACUGGGACGUGGUCCUCGACUCCCUUUUCGAGCCCAUCUACUGGCUGGUCGACCACGUCACCAGGUGGUUCGGGGUGGUGUUUGUGGUGAUGGUGAUCUUCCUGACGAGCACCAUUGUGCUGAUUGUCUAUGUGUGUGUCCUGCCCGUCAUUGUGCGGACCUACAGUGCGGGCUGGAUCACCUGGCACCUGGGCUACGGCCACUGGAACCUGCUGCUCAUCGUCUUCCAUUACUACAAGGCUGUGACCUCCAGCCCCGGCUACCCCCCACAGGAGAAAACAGACGUUCCGAUGGCGUCCAUCUGCAGGAAAUGCAUUGCUCCCAAACCGGCUCGCACGCACCAUUGCAGCAUCUGCAACCAGUGCAUCUUGAAGAUGGACCAUCAUUGCCCCUGGCUCAACAACUGCGUGGGGCACUUUAACCACCGCUACUUCUUCUCCUUCUGUCUCUCCAUGACGCUGGGCUGUGUGUACUGCAGCGUCAGCAGCCGCCAGCUCUUCACCGAAGCCUUCAACGCCAUCGAUCCGGACACACAGACCUCCGCUCCCACUAUUUCGUUUCGAGAAAGGGCUUUUCACAAAUGCAUCAUCUACCUCUGGGUCCUGUGCAGCUCGGUGGCCUUGGCCCUCAGUGGGCUGACCCUCUGGCACACUGUCCUGAUCUGCGGGGGGAGGACCAGCAUCGAGCGGCACAUCAACAAGAAGGAGCAGCAGCGGCAGCUCAAGAGAGGCCGGGUUUUUCGGAACCCCUUUAAUGCCGGCAAGUUAAACAACUUGAAACUGUUUCUCGGCAUCGAAAAGAGGAGGCACUGGCUGACCCGGGUGCUGCUCCCCUCCUCUCACCCUCCGCACGGGGACGGCCUGACAUGGAAGCUCCCGCAGAGCCUGGAGACAGAGCGCACGGUCCUGGCUAUUUAAGUGGGAAGAGAAUGCGGGAGGAACUCCUGCGUGUGGGGAGGAGAGAGAGAGAGAGAGAGAGCGAGCAGCGCGUGUGUCUGGAUCUUCUCACCUGAUCUCAGGGUGAGGGAGGGACCCACGUGGUCAGUGAUUGGGGGUCACAGCAACAAGACUGACCCCCACCUGCAGCAGCAAGAGCAUCGCUGAGCUGCGACCACACUGUGGCGGAGCAGGGGGAAGCUGGUCGGACUGAAUUGAACAGGACUGUUAACAUUUUUUUAAACAAGACAUUUUUUCGCCUGUCUCUUUGCCCUUUGGCCUGUUCCUCUCUCUGUACAAUGUUUGUUUAACAAGAUUUAUUGGAUUCAGA